AGAUCAUGUUCAGAUCGCGAUCGGGCCUCGUCCGGUGAAUCCGCCGUCACCCGGGCCGAUCACAGCGGGGAUGCUCACUCAGAGUCACUCACGCGUGUGGCGGUGAUGGGUCCAGAAUACCCCUCACCUUUAUCAUGUCGCUCGCACUAGUCCACCGGGCGCAUCACCUCUUGUCUCCCCCGAACCGUUCUCCGUAAUUUGCCUGCGAACCUACUAGUAGUGCAGUCUUGAACAUGGCCGGCAAGGUUGUCAUUGUCACUGGGUGCUCGAAAGGAGGCAUCGGAUUUGCGUUGUGUGAGGAAUUUGCGGCUAAGGGAUGCAAAGUGUAUGCAACAGCACGCAGAGUGGAAGCCAUGGAAGGCUUCAAGGACCCGAACAUAUCUACACUCAAGCUGGACGUCACGUCGGACGAGGAUGUGGCGGAGGUCGUGAAGACAGUUCUAGAGCGGGAGGGAAACAUCGACAUCGUCGUGAACAACGCUGGUGGCCCAUGCUCGGGCCCUCUCAUGGAAACGUCCAUCGACCGGGUGCAGACGACGUUCGACACGAACGUCUUCUCCGUCCUGCGUCUCUCGCAGGCCGUCUUCCCACACAUGGCGACAAAGCGCAGCGGCACCAUAGUUAAUGUCGGCUCCAUCGCCGGUGACACGCCAAUGCCUUGGGGCGGCAUCUACGGCGGGACGAAGGCCGCGCUACUCCGGCUCUCCGAGAUCCUCUACAUGGAGGUCGCGCCCUUCAACAUCCACGUCGUGCACAUCUCGCCGGGCGGUGUGAAGACAAACAUCACCGCCACAGGGCUUUCGCAGCUCUCCCUGGGCGAGGACUCGUUCUACAAGCCGUACUUCGACUCGAUGGUCGCGCGCAUCAACCGCACGCAGGGCCCCGGGUCGCUCACCGCCACGCAGUUUGCGCAGCAGGUCGUUAAGGAGAUCGUCAAGCCGAACCCGCCCAGGUACAUGACCCUCGGCGCGGGCUCGUGGGCGAGUGCGGUGUUGCAGUGGUUUCCGAGGUCGUUUGUGUGCUGGCUCAUGUGGAGGCUCGUCGUGGGCAAGCCGAAGACGGCCUAAUUGUGUUGUGCGGGCUAUUUGUG